AUGUACAUUGACUCCGGUGACUCUUUAGCCUAAAAAACAGGAUCUCGUAAAUUGAUAAAGAAGAGAUCCACAUUCUGUCCUAUUUCCAAGAGCAGUAGCUCUCUUGAUUAUGAAUUCAAUGUUAAGAAUUUCAAGAUUUUUGAUGAAAGCCCACAACUCGCUAAUUACUUGCCUCAUUUCGAAUAAAGAUAGUUAAGUUUUAUGGAAUGCAUUAAUUAGAUAUUUAAAAGCGAUUAUUCUCUAGAAACUUUCGCUUAACAGUAUGAGUAGUUCGGUGUCCAAGCAACUCCAACAGGUUUUUCUUAUAAGGAAUAUGCACCUCAGGCAAUUGAAGUUUAUCUUACAGGAGAUUUUAAUAAUUGGGCAACUAAAUAGUAUCCUUUAGUUAACGAUGGCACAGGUAUUUGGAACCUAAAUCUACCUGAAGGAGUUGUGAUUGAGCAUGGCAGUAGAAUUUGUGCAUAUGUUAGAACUUCUAAAAAUUAAUAUCUUUAUAGAGUUCCUAUUGGUGCAAGAUAUAUUAAAAAAUUAGAUGUUAACAAAAAAGACGAUGAAUUUUGUGAAAUAUUUUGGAAUCCUCCUCAAAAAUAUGCCUUCUAGCACAUUCAUCCCCAUAAGCCUAGAGUUUUUAAAAUUUACAGAGCUGAAAUAGGAAAGCAAGGUCCUGAAAAAAGAAACUACACAUACAAAGAAUUUGCCUAAAAUGAGCUAUAACGUAUAAAAGAUUUAGGAUAUAACACAAUUCUUUUGGUAGGAUUAUAAGAGCAUGAAUCUGUUGGAUCUACUUAUUCAGUUGUAAAUCCUUAUUCAAUCAAUUCUUCAGCAGGUACUCCAGACGAUCUUAAAUAAUUGGUUGAUAAGGCUCACGAAGUUGGCUUGUAUGUCACCAUGGAUAUUGUUUAAACUCAUGCUUCACCUGAAAAGGGCUUCAAUCAAUGGGAUGGAAGUCACUUCAGCUAUUUUAUUGAUGGAGAAUAAGGAAUCCAUCCUUAACAUGGGGGAAGAUUAUUUAAUUUUGCAAAAUGGGAAACUUAGAGAUUAUUACUAUCUAAUUUGGGAUACUUUUUGAAUGAAUAUAAAAUUGACGGUUUUAGAUUUGUUGAUGUACCAUCAAUAAUCUAUAAACAUCAUGGUCAAUUCAAGUUUUCUGGUAAUUUGGAUGAAUAUUUUGGUGAAAACAGCUCGAUUGAUGGUUUAGUUUAUCUUUAGUUAGCAAAUGAAACAGUUCACAAAAUCAAUUCUAAUGCAGUAACAUUUGCAGAAGAUGAGUCAGAUUAUCCUUCUUUGUGCUUCCCAUUAGAAUAAGGAGGUAUCGGCUUUGAUUACAGAAUAUCUAUUAAAGCAGCUGAUGAGUUCGCCAAUUACUUGUGUGAAUCAAAUAAAGUUGAUUUUAAUAAAUUAAUCUCUUUGUUAGACUAAAGACUCAAUGAAGAAAAGGUUAUUUCUUCUCUUUGCUAUAAGUCAUCAGAUAUCAUCUUAAAGAACAUAAAGCAUAAAAUCUAAUAAUUAUAAGAUGGUGAAGUCCAAAAGCACCUCUCGUUGCACAAAAUAGCAAGAAUGAUUGUUAUUUCAUAUGGAGGCGAUAGCUACUUAAACAGAUAUGGUAAUGAGUUUGGAUCAUCUGAGGAGUACUUUAGAUCAGAUUUAUUAGGAAUAAGUCCCUACAAAGAAUUAUUAGAAUUUGAUAGGAAUUUAUUAAAAUUGGAAGAAACACAUCAAAUACUUUCAAUGAAAGAGAAGAGUGUUACACAAAAAUCUGAUGGAAUUUUAGUUUUUGAAAGAGCAGAUUUGAUAUUUGUCUUUAAUUUAAAUGAAUAGAGUUAGAGUAACUUCAAAAUAGGAACAAAGUGGAACUCCGAACACAAUAUAAUAUUUAGUACUGACGAUGCUAAUUUUGCUGGCAGAGCAAGAAUUGGUCACAAUAAAAUAAAGGUUAUUAAUGAAAAAGUUAAUACUCUAAUUUUUAGACCUUUCCAUCUAGUACUUGAUAUUCCUUCACAUUGUGGUUUUAUACUAUAACCCAUCGAUACUGAAGGAUUUUUCGAAGAAAGAAAGGAGUGA